CCACUGACAUAGCCCUCUUGUCUCCUUGCCGACCCAAGUAYAGAGCCAACAAACUGUUCUAAUUUGUUUAAUUCAGAUUUCGAUAGCUAACUGAARAUGGGCAAGAAGAGCUUGUGCAUUUUGCUAUUGGGACUUUUCCUCUCAUUCAAUGAACUACAAGAGUCAAAGGCAGAUUGCAGCGGUGGCCAUCAAAAUGGCGAGCGUUGGAUAGAACAGCAGGGACCACAGCAGUGCAAAGACUGUGUGUGUAGCGACGGCAAACCURAGUGUCAAUCAAUGGWGUGUSAMUAUGAAUUCAAUUGUCAGAAAUAUACACCAUUCAWGCCUGGAAAAUGCUGUAGCGCAAAAUGUGCCUGCCACCACGAUGGUGUUGAUAAAGUGGAUGGCGAAGAGUGGGCCGAUCGCAGGACUUCUGGCAAGUGUCUGCAGUGUCAGUGUCUUGGUGGUGAAGCAAGUUGUACAGAUACAAAAUGUUACGAAAAUUGUGACAACCCAGAGUAUAUUCCYGGCCAAUGCUGUCCGCGCUGCUCGCCUAAGGCUCCGGUCACAGUUCCGUGGGAAACACUGCCACCUACUAGUGCUUUCCCACAAUUCCCGUUUCGACCACGUCCUCCCGGCCGUGGCAAACGAAGCUUUUAA